AUGGCUCAAUCAUUCCGUCAGUUGCUUGGAGUGCCUGCUUCUACCGCAAGCCCGAGCGACUCCACUCUGAUCAUCAUUGAUGCUCAGAACGAAUACGCCGAGGGAAAGCUGAAGGUCACAAACGCACCUGAAUCGAGGAAGAACAUCUCCGCAUUGCUGGAGAAGUACCGCGCCGACAAGGGCAAGAUUGUUCACGUCAAGCACAUUGUCCCAGAUGGGGGCCAAGCCCCGGUAUUCACGCCCAAGACUAAGCUUCAGGACGAGUUCGAGGAACUCACUCCAAAGGACGGCGAGGAGGUGAUCGAGAAGAACCACCCUAGUUCUUUUGCAGACACUUCCCUUGACCAAUACCUAAAGGGCGCAAACUCGAAGAAGAUUGUCUUGACAGGCUACAUGGCUCACGUCUGCGUCUCUACGACUGCCAGAGACGCCGCAAGACUGGGCUACGAUGUUGUCCUUGCCGAGGACGCUAUCGGCGACAGAGACAUCCCAGGUGCGUCCGGAGCCGAGGUGACCAAGAUGGUCAUGCACGAGCUGGGAGACGCGUUCGCAACUGUCGUGCAGUCGAAGGACAUUAAGUAG